CAGUCAACCAAUGAAACUGUUGUGUGGAGACACCUUCCUGUUUCGUGGUGUGAAGCUGAAGAGGGCGCAGCAUGAAUUAAUGUCACAAAACACUGUGGAGCCAGAGACUAGAAGACAACUUCUUGAAAUGGCUCAAGAGGACCACAGCGAGACGUCACAACAAUCAGCAGCCGGUGAGGAAGACAAGGGGACAGAGAACCAGGGAUCCCCCGCCGUUAUCGAGAUUCAUGACUCAAUGACUGAAUGUGAAGAUGAAGCAAGGUCCAGUCAAGUGCAGAUGGAGGAAAAGGCAUUUGUAUCAAGUCUGCACUCUUUCAUGAAGGACAGAGGAACACCCAUAGAAAGGAUCCCACAUCUGGGCUUCAAACAGAUCAAUCUUUGGAGGAUCUAUAAAGCUGUGGAGAAGCUUGGGGGCUAUGAAUCAGUGACAGCUCGGCGUCUUUGGAAGAAAGUGUAUGAUGAGCUAGGAGGAAGUCCAGGCAGCACCAGCGCUGCGACUUGCACUCGGAGACACUAUGAGAAGCUGGUGUUGCCCUUUGAAAGACACCUAAAAGGAGAGGAGGACAGGCCUCUGCCUCCAAGCAAACCGCGGAAGCCAUACAAGAGAAAUUUCGAAGGCAAGAUCCCGAAGGCUGAGAGGAAGAGGAAAAGGACUCAGUCAGAAAGAGAGAUGGAUUCAGAGAUGGAGAUACUCACCCAGAGAAGUCCAGAGGCGUCCUGCCAAAGAGAAGCAGUGAUGCAUCCUCACCCUGCUCUCUGGGCCGCCACCUCUGACAGACGCCACCCAGACUGCUCUCAGCCAGACAGAGCCACCAGCACUCUUUGCACUUCUGUCUAUGCCCACCUUGUACAGGUCCCCACAUCCAGCCCCUGGACUGCUCAUAUCCCAUCUGCUGCUGGAGAGGUCAUCUCUCCUCUGGAGAAAAAGAAGCGAAUGGCUCAGGCGAGCCUUAACCUGCCCCUGAGCCCCCAGAGCGAGGAUAAAGAAAGGCCCUCCGUCAUUCACUGCUCCCAGUCUCCGGCUCGAGCUUCUUCCCGCCAGAACUGCAACUCCUCUGACAGCUCCCCAUUGCCGUUAUCCCCUUCCUCUUCACGCGGCCCUUCACCCGUCUCAGUUUCAUCAGAGGACAAUCCAGAAGAAGAUAAAUCUGCAUCAAGCUCUGAGCCAUCCCCAAACUGUCCCCUCUCUGUGAAAAACACAUCCAGCUGCAGUGAGGAAAGCAAGUCUGUGAGCUGUAUAUCCAAAGACCCUGCAGGACAAAGCAAAGACAUUAGCACCCAAUCCGUAAAUUCGAAAGUCCAGAUAAAAAACUCUGCCUGGAAGCCAAUCCACAGCAAAUACUUUAUCCAUCCUUUCCACUCAUCGAUGAGAUCUGACUGGGCUCCAACAUCUACCUCUAGUUUCACUAAAGUCAUUCCAAAAUCUUCACAGCUUCUGCGGCCCGCUCCUAUUCGGCCAGGUUAUAAAAUCCAGCCGGGCAGGCUGACGCAACAGGAGGACUCUCUGACCUCUGCGAAGAAGUUAAACAGCAUGGCUCCAUGGCUUUAUCAGACAGAGAAGAGAGAGAAGUCCAGGACAAUGCUACAAAAAGUUCCCCCCACUCAGCAGAGUCUGUCCCAUUCCAGUGCCAGCAUGCCAGUGCCGUGUGUCCUGUCGAGCUAUGACAAAUCAGGGAGAGACUCUCGGCACCAGCAUCUUUUACACCCGGCAUUUCUCCCCAACAGAAUGAGACUACCGCAGUCUCAGUUAAUGCACCGACACACCCCAAUGAGUCCAGCUCACUCUGCUCUCUUUGGGUCUGCUGUUUACCCAUAUCCUUACUCCAUCCCUCUGUUAAAUCCCCAAACUGGAUAUACCUUACCUGCCAUGCAUCCUAUUUAUCCUCACAAGCUGUGAUUCUUUGUAUUUCAGCGCUGGACUCUAUUCGGAAUAAUAAUAAAAGUUCAUCUUCACACUGAAGAAGGCAGCCAUUCAGCUUGUUGGCCACCUUCUCUGUUGCUUUGUGUCAUUUAAGUGAAGACUUUCUUUAUUGUUUUAAACAUGGUAUAAGCAGGUUCCCACACAUUUUCAAAACUUUUCCAUGACUUUUCAGCAACCCAUAAUUUUUUUUUUUUUUCUUGCCCCACUUGCUCGGCAUUUGUCAAACAUGUCAGAUUCAAACUCUAUUCAAAUAUAAUUUCAGCUAGCCGACACACAUGAAGAGAAAGACAGAACCAAGGGAGAAAACAAAUGUUACUGUAAAACAAACAUCACACAUUGGCACAUCUGAGAGCAAAGUUAUGUUGUCAGUUACAAAAAAUACAUUUGUGAUUAUGUUACAUUAGGUGGAGGGUUAACAGUGGAAGAUUAGUAACAAUUUCACAACACACAACAAAACUCUAUGACUUUUCCAAAACUUUCAAUGUCCAUGACUUUCCAGACCUGCAAAAUUUGAUAGUGAAAUUUCAUGACUUUUCGAGAUUUUUCAUGACCUUGGGAACCCUGUACAAGCAGCCUACAUAACGCACAAUAUUUAUGUUCUGUGCCUUCACACACAGCCAACCCAUAGUGGGAAACCAUAAUUAACUGUGGGACCGUUUCAUUCUUCUGUGGCCAAAACCAAAAUACACUGAAGGGAAAUGAAGUCAGAGCAGUAAUGCGAGAGAUAUAGUAUUUAUAGGAUCACAGUGAAACAGUCUUCAAAGUGCAUCAAAGCCCACAGCAGAACUGCAAAAUAUAUAUAUAUAUAUGUAUAAAACAAUAAGCCAGGGGUGCUACACUGAUGUCUAUACCCUGUAACAUUGCAACAUGAUCAAAUGUUAGUGAUUAUGACAAAUUCACAGUUAAUGACUCACAAGGUAAAAUCACAUUCUGUUGAAAACAUAGUUCUUGCACAUUUGUUCCCACUUGCAUAAUUGCACAUGUUCAGGAGGAAAAAAGGAUAACUAAAAAUGCACACAUCUACAAAAGGUUAUAGAAAGGUGCUGGACCCACAAAGAGUGUACACAAAAACAGAGAGAGGUCGGCACACUUUUUGCUCCCAUUGCAGCUUACAUUGAGCUAUUCACAAAUUUUCAGGAGAACACAGAUAUCAGUGUUCAGGACAAGUACAUUUUUUCUCCUCAAUAGAAUUAUAAAAGUAGCAGAGGGCAUUUCAACGUAAAAAUGAUGCUGGAAAAGCACCAAUAUUUGAUGAAAAUUUCCCAGAAUCCAAUAAAUUAAGUGUUUGAUGCCCCCCUACUUAAUAUGUGAUGAACCUACACCCUUGCACUAAUUGUGUUGAAAGCAAAACAAAAACUGAUUACUGUAUUUUAUUGUAGAGUCUGUUGAGCAUAGUAAUGCUGUAUGAAUACUGUAUGUAACAUGUAUCAGUGUUAAAUGUUAUAUACAUAUCUAAUUUACAUUCAAAUGUACUGUAUUUAAGUCAGUAAAUGAUCAUAAACAAAUAAAAAUAAACAUGUAAA